ACCUUUGUAAACCCCAUUGCCACUUCUCAAUACCAUUGAAUCUCCUAGCCCCCAAAUCAUCCCCUUCUCUUUCCUUUCCAUUUGAAACCUAGCCAUGGACCUUCUUCCCAUAAACAAAAAUAAGCAUCUUUUGCAAAAAUUAUUUAUCUUCCUCUUCCAAAAUUGAAGAUUGGGGUUAGGUUGGAGUUGAGGAGGUUCAUGUCAAGGUCAUAAUACAUCAAAGUUUGAGUUGAGAAGCCCAAAUAUUCGCCCUUUUGUUUGUGAUUCAUAGUUUCUUUUGCCUUCAAUCUGCAGGUGUAAAAAUGGAGAUGAGAAUCCCAGUGCUCAGAGAGACAGUCACCACCACUGCCAACUGUUCACUCUCCCAUUGUUACCAUUUAAACUAAGCUUACCUUCAUUCUCACUCAUACUAGAAUCCCAUCCCUCGAUCCUCCACUUUCUCUCUCACUAAACAAACAAAAACCCUCGACAAUUUUCCACUCGUUUUCCCCUACUCAUGAUUUUGGAUCUGAAAUCUCAAUCUCAUCACUAAGAAAGUUGAAAGCUUGAAAAGGAUUCAUCAGACCAGAGGCUGUGUGUGGAAAGAGUUUGAGAAAAUGUCGUCAGAAAGAACACAAAGUAUAGUAGGGAGUGAGGUGGAACCCUUGGACUACGGGGGGAUGGACACAGAGAGUAGUCCAUCUCCAACUAGUUCAGAGGAAACAGUGGAGGGGGUGAGGGGGGAUGAAGUGGUGGAGGUUGGGGGGGAUGAGGUGGCAGAGGUUGGGAGGAAUGAGGUGAUGGGGGUUGGGGUAGAUAACAUACCCAUCACCGUAGUAGAAGUAGAGAGUAAUGGGGAGAGAGGUUACGAUAGAAAUGCAGAGAUAGUGGAGGAAGUGAAGCAGUAUCGAUCUGAACUAAGGACCAGGGAUGACCUGUGUCACUUGGUAGAAACGUACGAGAUCUCUUCUCGGGUGCUAGUUAGACCAGCUGGGGUAGAGGAAAGGGCGUGCUCUGCUCCUCGGGAUCACUGGAUGCCUGUGUAUUCCCACUAUUUGAUAGCGGGACUCAGGUUUCCACUUCCUGAGUUGCUAAUAGCUUUACUGUUAGAUUACAACAUAGGGUUGACACAGUUGGUUCCCAACACAAUGAGGGGGAGUAGCAGGAGAGAUAAGGGGUGGUAUUAUUUCACCCCGAGGGUAGCUAAUAAAGAGAGUAGGAUUUUAUUCACAGCGGGUCCUUCAUCCAUUAAGGGAUGGAAGGAAAAAUUAUUUUUUGUGGAUGAUACGGAGUGGGGGAAGGGAGAUGCCGAGGUGAGGGCAUUAGCUUCCUGGAAGGCCAAAAGGGCCAACCAGAAUAGGUUUAGCUUAACUGAGGAUGAGGAGGAGGAAGUGGGGAGGUUGGUGAGGAAGAGGGGGGAUGUGUUGAACAUCAUGGACCUCACCAGCGCAGCAUGCAUAGAGGCUGCUGAGCUCUAUGGGCCAAGCGCUCUGAGUGAAGCUGACAUGAAUCAAUUUUUGAAUACUGCUGGAGGAAAGGCUAUCCCAAAGAAGCCAAGGAAGAAGUCAAGGACUUCAACUAAACAAGUGGAUGAGGGGAGAACUGGGAAGGAGGUAGUGCCCACUGCUUCAGCUGAGACAGGGGAGGAGGUGCCACCGCUGAAGAGAAAGGGUUGGGAGGAGAGGAGGGCGCUGGAGAAGAAGAAGAAGGUGGUAGAGGAGGAGAGGGGGAAUGAGGUGCCUGAGUUCGUACCUCAGCCUCCUCCUGUGGAGCUGAACCCUGAGCUCAGACGGUUGGAGGAGGGGGCUGAGGUACGAGCUCCUAGCAAGGGAAAGGGCCCUAUUCCCCCAAUGGGGCCUCAGAGCAGCCUGUUCGAGGCGAAUAACAUGAUGGGGGCUAGGUGGUUCAUCCACAACACCUUCCCCGAAGUGGACCAGCGCUUCGCGCGGGAGGAGGCUCUGAGGUAUGGUGGAGCAUCCGUGGUGAGGCACGCUCUAGAGGUAUGUUAAAUUAGUAAUGUUGUUUAUUUAUGCUGUUUCUUUUUCUCUUCUUGCUCUUUGAACUUCUGCUUUGAUUUGCAGAACG